AUGGAAGCACCAGGCACAGCUGCUCCUCCUUCCAACUCCUCCUUUCUGGUUUCUCCAUCCCCCCUGCGCCCGGCCAUCCCCCCCUCUGUCCAGUUGGGUUUCACCAUCCUCUUCACCAGUUUGUAUGUGGCCCUCUUCCUGGUGGUCUACAUGCAACUGUGGCUGCUCUACUUCUACAAACACAAGCGAUGGAGCUACCAGAGUGUGUUUCUGUUCCUCUGCCUGCUCUGGGCUGCACUUCGCACCACACUCUUCACAUUUUACUUCUACGAUGCCAUGGAAGCCAACCGCCUACCUGUUGUGGUCUUCUGGCUGCUGUUUUGCUUCCCCGUGUGUCUGCAGUUCUUCACCUUUAGCCUUAUCAAUUUGUACUUCACUCAGGUGUUGCUCAGAAUCAGAGAGUCUUUCAGCUCAGCCAUGCACAGAGGACUAUGGGUGGCCCGAUGUGCAUACAUUGCACUCAACAUCAUCUUCCUCUGUGUCAAUGUGACAUGUGCUGUUCUGGGGGACAGAGACGGCAGCAGCAAGACAGGGAAGCGGACCUGGCAGCUAGUUUUGGUCAGAGUUAUAGUCAAUGACUUGCUUUUCAUCACAAACGCAGUGCUGUUGGCUGCAGUGCUGUUGAUCCUAACCCGGCACUCACGCUCUGCCAGCCUCUACAUGAUUAGCAAGGGGACCACAGUGUGCCAAACAGCAGCUCUGGGAUCUACAGUCAUCCUCUUGUUCACCAGUCGAGCCUGUUACAACCUGGCAGUCCUCGUUCUGUCCAAGAAGUAUCCAGUAGAAUCAUUCAACUAUGACUGGUACAACGUCUCUGAUCAGGCUGACCUGCAGAGGGAACUUGGUGACAGGGGCUACAUUGCCUUUGGUGUCAUCCUCUUCAUAUGGGAACUGCUUCCAACCAGCCUGCUAAUCCUCAUCCUAAGAGUUCGUAGACCUUCUCAAGAGACCAGAAGCAUGGCCGUCAAUAACAGGGUCCUUCCUCGUCCGUAUUUUUUUGAUGACCCUCACACUAGUGAUGACGACAUACCUGCCCCAUGGGAUCAAGAGUCAAGCCAUAAUUCAAGCUGGUAUGGAUCAGAGACGGCUCCUCUCCUGUUUGCCAACAAUCCUCCAGACCAGAGCCACCAGCACCACUCUCUCUACUCCACACCACAGAACUGACCCUGACCCUCAACCACUGUGCGAGCCACUAUGUCCAUGAUGACUUAUGUCACGGACAGGAUCGCACGCAUGCAGCCACAUGUACCUCCCACUGUGGGAGGAUUUGCACUGAGAAACUCAGGAAAACAAGGAGUAUGCACCUUGCAGAGGAGAACUGAUUUUAUGAUGCACCGCUCUCGGACAUUAAAGGGAACAAGAGAAGUUGGAAGUGUUUUGCCAGAUUUAAAUGAAGGACUGUGUCUCAUUUAGCUCCAAAAGAAAAUGAAAUGGAGCUUAU